AUGUCGGUAGCCAUACUGGCUCUCUUGUCGUCAGCAGGCUUCUCGAGGUCCUCAGCUGGCGCGGCGGAUCUCCUCUCAGAGGUGAUGCAACGCUAUAUCCAGCUCAUCGGCUCCUCCUGCGUUCAGCACGCCAACCACGCCGGUCGCACCAUCGUCUCACCGCAGGACCUUCGUGCGUCCUUGGAACACAUCCUGGGAGGAGAGCCAAUCGAUGAAGUGCUGGACUGGGCGGAGGAAGAAGGAAGGCUCGAUACCCAGGAGCAUCACACACAGCUAUCGGCAACUCAAGCCAAUGGCGUGAACGGAACCCAUCCGCAAGCGUCGACCAGCGCACUACCCGCAGCAUUGCAGGAUCCCAUGCGCGGCAAGGAUCUUCUUCGCGUCCUCAACACGGGACGCGUUCCUCCCUCGCCAUCCGACCUUGAAGAGGUUCACUUCACAUCAAUACCGGCCAAAGACUUCGAACAGGCAGCAGCAGAAGGGGUACUCCGGGAUCAUCUCGCCAGACGGCUCGUUUGGCCCUCUCCGUCGGAUGCAAUGCCGGAUGCAUCCGGGCUCGCAUCCGGAUCACGAGGAGGCGGGACUUCAUCGACAUUCGGCGAGUCAUCUACACAGGGAUCCAGCUUCACGGCAGACGCCGAGUCGCUGCUCUUGUCCGACCUUGAUGAUGACAACGAGGGCGAAUCGCCUUCAUCGCCCCACGGCAGCAAUGGCGACGUCUCACAUCAGGCUCUACAGCAACCAAGGAAGCGCAGGCGGCUGGACGCCGAAGAGACUGUACCUGCCAGACGCUUCGGUGAAGCCGUCAUUGACUACGUACCGGCGUAUCUUCCUGUCUUCCCAGACAUCGCUUCAAGCGCAGACGCAGCAGCCGCGCCUUUGCAAAACGGCGCGGACCUCGAAUCACUCAAAGCAGAAGAGGAUGACGGAACCCGCGUCAAGCUAGAGCCCGUGGAGGUUGAUCCGGAGUACAUCCUGGAAGAACAACGGCGCAGGGAGCUCGCGCAAAGGAAGGCAGACGAAGCGGCGGCCGAGGCAGCGGCAGCAGCAGCCGAAGCGGCCAAAGGAGAAAACGCAAAUGGCGAUGGCCCCGAGGCAGAAGCACCUGCCGUUCAAAAGACCGCAGAAGAACGGGCAGCGGAAGCAGAAAAGGCGUUCGAAGCGCUGCAAGCACGCAGAGUCCUGCGCGACAGCUGGAGAGAGAGCGUGGCCUACGAUGCAUCGACGCUGGCAGCAACGUACGCCAAGGACGAGCUGCGCGACUUGGAACAAAACGUCAAUGAGGUGCUCAGCGACGCAUCCAUCGCCUCCAUUGCUCCAGCGACAUCGUCACUUCGUGCAUUUGCAGCCGACUACCAGGCCCUCGUGGAGGACCCUACAUCGAGCAGUUCAGCCGGCAUCUUCCUCACACCAUCCGGACCAGCCCAUCAGGAUGCACUGACGAAGCGCAAACGACUAGCGCAUGCUCUGGCGGACGCGUCGAGAUACGCACCCAACGAUAGUCUGUACGCCGCCGUAGCAGCACGACCUUCCGUCAUCCCCUUCAACCCGGGACCCAGCUGGCUCGUGUCCACCCUCCCCCCGCCCACGCUGUACGAAGACAACAUCGAAGUCGCCAACGCGCUCUCCGCGCCGGUCCUCACGCCGGUCCGCCCGCAGGGACGGCCAGCGGCGCUCAUUCCGCCCUCUGGCUCCCUCGUCCCCACGCUCGGCCAUCGUCAUCCGUCGCACCUCACCACCGGCGCGCGUGUCGUCGCCAGUGCAGAACUCCUCAAGCGCAUCUCGCGCUUCGACGAUCCCAUCCCGAUCCUGGACGACAAGCACGCCGAGCGGUUCUUCCACGGUGUUCCAGCGUCACGCGAUCUUCUUGGUGGUUCGGGCUCGAGCUCCGAUCUCUCCUCCAACAUCUCCUCCACGCGGUCCAGCGGCGGCGGCGGCUCCGGAAGUGGCAACUCGACCCUCCGCCCCGCCCUCGAGCGAUUGGUCCUGCAGAUGCGCGAGAAGGAAGCGGAGAUCCUGCCCGAAGAAGACAAGGAAGAGCUGCAGAGACGCCAGCAGGAGUUGCAGCUGCAACUGCAGGCGGCGAUGGCGUCCGAGAGCGCAGGUGGAAAGGGCGAGACGGUGCUUUCCACGGGUCUCAUUGCGGAUAGCUACGCGAGCAGGAUUCGAAACGGCAACAUUACGAUGGUGCACACGUGGGAUUGGACGCCCAGGGAUCCGUUCGAUACGGGAUUGCCGGGGAAGAAGGUCAAGAUGCCAGGGAGGAGAGGCGUGGGUCCGGUGGCGUUGGAGAAGCGGACGCGGACGGAGAGCGGGGAUGGCGAUGUGGGCGAGAUAGGGGCGACGAAUGGGCACAGCGGGUGA